AUGUUGAUUCCAGCACAAGCGGUGAUCGUCACGAUAAACAUGGGUACAAUAGAAAGAGAAUUUUGUGAUCUGGAUAUUGCUUUGUUUUGGUGGGAAAAUGGGAAGUUCAGAAAAAAAAAAGUUGUUGUGAUCAUGGUGGGUGGACCCACAAAAGAGCAAGAGGACAAUGCCAGUGUAUAUGAUCCUGACGACGAGGAAGUCGAAGGAUUUGCUGAUUUUCUUGAAGAAAUGAUGUCCCUUAUGAAUGAUGAGAGGAAAGAGGGUAAGACAUACAGCGUUGAGGAGCUACAAAAUGUGUUUUGGGAGAUGGCUCGAGGAUUAGAGAUUCCUGAAUGGACAAGUUCUCAACAAUCCAAGUAUGGGUGGCAAUGUUUUGGUGAUCUUUUCGUUUGCUUUUCUAGGGUUCCUAUUGGGCGCAAUGCUUAA